AUGCUCGGCAUCCGGUUGUUAAUCAAGCGGCAAAAGCACCCUGCGCAGCGGCGGCACAAGCACAAGGCACGCAGUCCGUCCCCUCCUGCAGACCUAACCGCACACCACCCUCACAAGCACAACACACGCGGAGCGACGCACUGCUCUUCUUCCGUCAACAUCGCGGUCAAAGGUUGCCCCGCCGAGGCUAUGUUGGAGGAGGUGGCGCGGUCUCACGGUUUCAGACCCUCUAUGCCGGCAAAGGAGGAGUUGUGGGAAGCCAUGACGCAAGAAAGCGUGAAGGUCGUGGUGCGGUGCAGGCCGAUGAAUGCCAAGGAACGGGAACAGAAAUGUCAGAACGUGGUGCGUAUCGACUGCGCGGCCGGCCAGUGCACGCUGACAAACCCUGCGGACAGGUCGGCCCCGGCCAAGUCUUUCUGCUUCGAUGGGGCCUACGACUCCAACUCGACCACGGAGCAGAUAUACGACGACAUCGUAUACCCCAUCGUCGAGAGCGUGAGCGAGGGCUACAACGGCACCGUGUUCGCGUACGGCCAGACGGGCUGCGGCAAGUCAUUCUCGAUGCAAGGCACGCCGCGGGUGCCCCAGCAGAAGGGCAUCAUCCCGCGCUCCUUCGAGCACGUGUUCGAGGCCAUCGCGGCGGCCGACUCGUCCAAAUACCUGGUGCACGCGUCGUACCUCGAGAUCUACAACGAGGACGUGCGAGACCUGCUGGCCGAGGACACGCGCAAGAAGCUCGACCUCAAGGAACAUCCGGAAAAAGGCGUCUACGUGCCCGGCCUGUCUCUGGUGCCGGUGCACGACGUGGCGUCGUGCGAGUCGGUGAUGGAGCGCGGCUGGCGCAACCGCUCGGUCGGGGCGACGCUAAUGAACGCCGACUCGUCGCGGAGCCACUCCAUUUUCACCAUUCACCUGGAACAGAUGGAACUGAACGCCCGCAACAACAUACGCACGGGCAAGCUCAAUCUCGUCGACCUGGCCGGCAGCGAGCGACAGGCGAAGACAGGUGCCAGCGGCGAGCGCCUACGCGAGGCGACCAAGAUCAACUUGUCACUGUCGGCGCUGGGCAACGUCAUUUCGGCGCUGGUAGACGGCCGCAGCAAGCACAUCCCGUAUCGGGACUCCAAGCUGACGCGUCUGCUGCAAGACUCUCUGGGCGGCAACACGCGCACCCUCAUGCUGGCCUGCAUCUCGCCGGCCGACGUCAACUACGACGAGGCGCUGAGCACGCUGCGAUACGCCAGCCGCGCCAAGAACAUCCAGAACCGGCCGUGCGUCAACGAGGACCCCAAGGACGCGCUUCUGCGCGAGUACCGCCAGGAGCUGGAGCGGCUCAAGCAACUGCUCUCCGGAGGAUCGUUCAUGGCUACUCCGGCCGACGCCACGCCGGCCGCGUCGUCAGCGACGCCCGAAGAACGGCCGGACAGCAACAGCGAAGUCGUGAACCAGAUUAAGAACGACUACGAGGCCCAGAUGACCGAGCUGCGCAACAAGUACCGCGAGGAACAGGAGAGCCGUGCCAAGCUGAUGAUGGACGUGGAGAAGAUGCGCAGUCAGUUCCAGAUGCAGAUGCAGAAGGUCGAGCAGAAACACAGGGAGGAGGAGGCGUCGCAAGAGGUGAACAAUAACCAUCUGAAGGUUGACGAGCCGGAGACGGGGCGCUGGGCCGAGCCAGUCGGAACUCCCGAGAACCCCGAGAUUCGCGCCCCCAAUGCAUCGCCCUGCUUCGGAAACCAAGAGGAUCCAGCGAGCCUGGUCCAGAUGCAAGCAAGGGCUCUAGAAAGGUUGCGCGAGUUGCAAGGGAGGAUGCUGGGCGGUGAGAAGAAACACGACGCCGAGCUGAAGGCGAGACGCGCCAAGAGGAAAAGCAUGGCCGAGAAGAGGAUCCGUGCUUUGGCAGAGGCCUUGGCCAAGGUUGACGACGAAGAGCGCACCUUGCUGCCAGAUUACGACGACAUCAACGAGGAGCUCAAGGUCAAAUCCUCAUUGAUACGAAAGGCGAAGCGAAAGAUCCAGACGCUAGAGCAGGAGGUGCGCGACCUUCAGCGGGAAUUUGAGGCCGAGCGCACCGACUACCUGGAGACCAUCCGGCGACAGGACCAGCAGAUACGGCUCCUUUCGCAGAUCCUGGAGAAGGUGCAGCCGUGCAUCCGACGAGACUCCAACUACGCCGACCUGGAGGUUGUCAAGGCACAGAGCGUGUGGGACCAGGACGCACAGCGAUGGAGGCUGCCCGAGUUCACCGUGCAGCAGACGAAGUUACCACCCGCGGCCGGAAUCCAGCCAGGAGGCAGGCUGACGCAGAAUGUCGGUGACGCGCCGAGCCUUUCAGUCAGCACGUUUGAAACCAGCACACAAAAGAAUAGACCUAAUUUUGGGAGUGAUUUUGUGAACAGCAUCUUGAAGAAGCCUAAUCGACAGGAGGAAUUGCUCAGUGGCAUGCCAGAGGCACCGAGCAACGGCGUGCGAGCGGCGUUCGGCGGCCUGGUUCGAGCCGGUCAGCUGGCAGCGAGGCUGCACCGAGGUGCGGCCGCCGAGAUCCGCGCCACUCGCUCGCUGCCCACGACGGGCGUGGGCAAGCAGUACGCCUGGGGCACGCUGGGCAGCGACGAGGGAGAGGAGACUCUCCUUCCUCGUCGGCCUCUGCAGCUGGAGUCACUCGACCUGGACAACCUGCGCCGGCAGCCGCGCACUACGAGCAGAAUGGAGGCCGCCGAGCUGCUCGAAUGGCCCUCAUGACAGUGGCGCAUUCCGCCGCCGCCACCACCGCGGGAGCGACCGCUGGCGCGGCUACCACCUAUUGGAGCGACCGACGAAGUCAGCGCCGAAUAGGGGGUCACGAUAGAAGGAAUGGCUUUACGUAAUAGCAUAACGGAAUAAUUUUACCGUACGACUUCCGUGAACUUGCGACUUCCGUUCUUUUAGCAGCGGAACUGUUCUAGGGCUGGGCCUGACGACAGAUGAGUGUCCGCGCUUGUGACGCUCCGGUUCCGAGAUACACACAUAGAUGGCGUAACUUCCUCGGUCGCGGACGAAGCUGUAGCCGUACAGUGAAACUGGGAUGCGCG